AUGGGAGGCGGUAAAGAUGAUUCUGAUAAGGGAAUCUUUAGCCAUCUUGCGGGUAUGGCUGGGGGUAUGGCUGGUCAUUCCGGUGGUCAUCACGGAUAUCCACAGCAAGGGUAUCCUCCGCAGCAAGGGUACCCUCCGCAGCAAGGGUAUCCUCCUCAAGGAUACCCUCCACAGGGUUAUCCUCCCCAAGGAGGAUAUCCACAAGGUGGGUACCCACCACAAGGUUAUCCUCCACAAGGAUAUCCUCCACAACAAGGUCACCAUGGUGCUCCACACCAGUCAGGGCAUGGUGGCAUGGGCAUGGGGGGCAUGUUAGCCGGAGGUGCUGCAGCUGCAGCUGCUGCCUAUGGUGCUCAUAAGCUGUCACACGGAUCUCAUGGGCAUGGUGCUGCCCACUAUGGUGGACAUGGAAUCGGUCCUUUUGGAGGCGGUCAUUAUGGAGGCAAGUUUAAGGGAGGCAAGCAUGGGAAAUUCAAACAUGGAAAGCACGGCAAGCACAAGGGCGGGAUGUUCGGAGGAGGGAAAUUCAAGAAAUGGAAGUAAACUAGUUAUAGUAUCAAAAACUUCACCUGGCUUUACAGUGUGCUAAUACUCGUCUCUUUAAAUAAGACUUACUACAUGUUAUUAUGGCCUAUAGGCCUGUGAGAUGUUGUCUUGUUAUGUUGCAUCUUCAGUACUAAAUUGUGUGAGAUUCUGCAAUUGGAUUGCCCCAGAGGGCCUAAACUUUUGUUA